UUUUAUUUUUUGUUAUCAAAUCUGUGUAGAUUAAUAAGUUGGAAAGGAAAUUAUUUGAUUUAAUAUUUUGCUAGCUCAGCACCAUUCUCCCUUCCUUUUAUUGUUUAGUAUAAGGAAGAUUUAAUCAUAUCAAUUAGAAAAUGGCUGAUAAAGAUUUGCCAAAAAAUGGAGAAGGCAGAUCAAUUUUAAGGUUUGAAUAAGUAAUAAAUGAAAAAGAAAGUUGUGCUGAAAGAGUUACUGUGUCUCCUCCUGCUGCUGAAUUUGUUCAUUUUGACCUCAAGUUCCUCAAGUUCAAAUAUGGCUGAUAGCAAUAUGAACAAUAACACAUCUGCGGCAUUAUCCAAGUCCAAUUUACAGUUUACCUUUAAGCUGCACAAAGAGUUAACAAAGGGUAAUUCCAACAAUGUUUUCUUUUCACCAUUCAGUAUAUCAACUGCCCUUGCUAUGACCUUUCUUGGAGCACGAGAGAAAACUGCAGAACAAAUGGCAGACGCACUGGGAAUAUCAGAUAUGAAAGAUGACGUUCAUCAAUCUUUCGAAAAGUAUUUGUCUAUAAUUUUGAAGGAAAAUGAAAAUUUUACUCUACACACAGCUAACAGACUAUUUCCAAACCAUUUAUCCAAAGUUGAGGCUGAUUAUAUAAAUAGUUGUAUAAAACACUACCAAGCUGACGCCCUUCCAUUGGAUUUUUCUCAGGGUGAGGUUUCUAGAAAAGUUAUCAAUAACUGGGUCAGUCAGAGAACAAAUGACAAGAUUAAGGAUUUGAUUGGUUCUGGAGUUUUAACACCAGAUGUAUUUAUGGUUCUUGUAAAUGCAAUAUAUUUCAAGGGUAAUUGGGCUAGCCAAUUUGAUGAAAAGAAAACUCGUAAAGACCGCUUCCACAUAAACCUCUCAGAAGAAGUAGAAGUUGACAUGAUGUAUCAGAAGAAGAAAUUUUCCUACACAUACAAUCCACAUCACCUCUGCAGUGUGUUAGAAUUGCCAUAUAAAGGAGACAGCCUCAGUAUGCUAUUCAUCCUGCCAGACACUACUGAUGGCUUGUCUGUCAUUGAAGAAGCCAUGAAUCCUGAUUUGUUCAAUGAACUUCAGAGUACUCUCAGAAAUAAUUCCGAUGUUGAAGUUUUUAUACCAAAAUUUAAGUUGGAAACCCAAUUUGAACUGUCAACAAUUUUGUCCAAAUUGGGAAUGACAGAUGCCUUUAACCAAGCAAAGGCAGAUUUUUCUGGGAUGGAUAAAACAAAGAAUGUUUUCAUUUCUAAAGUCAUACACAAGGCUUUUGUGGAAGUUAAUGAAGAGGGAACGGAAGCAGCUGCAGCAACAGGAGUUGUCAUGAUGACGAGAGCUGCUGUUCGAAGGCUUAUUUUCAAGGCUGACAAACCAUUCUUAUUCUUUAUUAAGGACAAAAGGUCUAAUAUUGUUCUGUUUAGUGGUAGAUAUACUGGUCCAGAAGGAAAUGUCGUGAGAACCAGAGAAGACCUCUAGGAUUCUAGAUUAAUUUAAUUGUCAUGAAUAUUGGUAUUACUUAUAUAUAUAUAUAUAUAAUAUUUAUAAAUUUGAUUAGAUUAUUACAGUUGAUAUAAUAUUCUGAAAUGUUUUUUUUUUAUAAGGUGCAUGCUGUGAUAAAUUAUUUAAUAUUGACAUUUUUACCAAAAAAAUGUGAAUUUAGAUUACCUUUAAGAGAUUAAUGUAUUCAAUUUUAAUGUUUGUAGGCAUCAACUGUAGAUUUUAUUGUUGAAAAACUAUUUCAUUAGCAAAAUGUCAGUAAUUAUAGCUAUCAAUUCAUAUAUUGAUUCCAACAAAUAUUGAAAUACAACACUGUCAUCUUAUUUCUAAUGAAUAUUUGAAUAUAAUGGAGAAAAUAAUAUUUAUUUUUCGAUACCUACAAACAAUGCCAAACCUGUUCACUAAACAAAAAUGAACACUAAUGAUAUCUACAUGAUGUAUAAUGUAAUGAAAUCCUGUAUAAUGUUAUGAAAUUCUGUGUUAUAUUAUGAAAUCCUGAAGUACAUUGAUCAAUCAGAGGUGGAUUGGAGGGGCAGGAGGCCUGGGACCCUCUUAUGGAGUUACAUAUAUGGUUAAUGCAUAGACUUUUUUACAUGUCCCAUUCCAAACAUUGCCUAGUUUGCUUGUUACAUAGGUUUAUGAUGGUUUUAUCCUUAGUGUAACUAUGUUAUUAUAGGUAGUAUUGUAAAUUGUUAUAGUUUUUAUCCUUCAAAAAAUGUUGGUGACAUAUUUAGUUAUUCCUAGAUCUUUUACCAUAUACCAUAUUUUUGAAAGGGGGAAGCAGAAAUGAUUUUGUGUUUAUCAAAUAAUUGUUUAAUGAGCGAAAAAAGGUUUCAUUGCUCUAAUGAUACUAAUUUUUGGAUUAUAGGUUAUUUUAAAUGCUGAUAUAAAAUAAGCAAAGUCUUUUGUUUGACUAAUAUUAAAAAUUAUUGGUAGUCAUGUAUUAUUAGUUACAUAGUGUGCUAGUGACCUAAUACGGUAGAUAUGGGGUCAGUAAAUUCCCUAUAUGGAAUGUACUGACCCCAUAUAUACCGUAUUACGUCACUAGCACACUAUGUAAUGAAUUUAUCUUACCGACUAUCUUAACGUGUGAAAUUUAGACUAGUGACCUAUCAAAAUGAGCAAGUCUGCAAUACUGUUAGCAUUAAAAAACUACUUCCAUUGAUCCUACAAAAACAGAUGCCAACAAUAACAACUUGUUAGGUUUAAAUGUGUUUUAUGAAUUUAUUUCAAUCUUCAUCAUCAAUUUUUUCGUCUGUUGAAACCUUUAAGAUUUUUUCUCAGUACCGUUUUGUUUUUAUAAAGGGACGAAACACCACUACUAACUGUGUAUGAAAUAAGCCCCACCUCCCUACUAACCUAAUAUGGAAUAUACACGGUCUCCACAUGGACGUUUUAACCAAUCAUAUUCUUAGAAAUGUAUAGGAGGUAAGAUAAUACCGUUUAUGAACACACUUUGCACAAUUACUAGAAAUUUAAAAGAAAUAUAUUGCAACAAAUAUAAGUGUGUUCUUAGUUUAAAAUAUAACAUUCUCCAAAUCUUCACUUGGUUGUGUUUUGGAAGAGAUCAAUUAUCAUUCAAAUAAAAGAUAGUAUCUUCUUUUUAUUUUUGA